GCAGUAGGAGAGUGACGAUGGAAGUUCUUGAAUUGCUGGUUGAAGACAUGUUCCUUAUUGGUGAUGCUAUUUCUGAAAAUGUUUGGGAAGAUGAUAGCCUUUUUGCAUUGGAAUUGAAAGACAAACUGCUUCUGGUCCUGGAUUUGCUUGGAGAAACUAUAUUAUAUCACAAGACAAAUAUAAGUGCAGAGCAGCCCGAGGUGAUGUUGGUGCAUCACAGAAUGGCGUUUAUUAGCAUUUCACUCUUUGCUGUUAGAUUGCUGCAAAUACUCCUCCCUGUAGAAAAGGCGAGCAAAGUUUUACAAAAGAGUUUGCUGAAUGCUUUAUUUCUUCUCUCUCUGGACGUGCCCUUCUCCUUGGAACACCCAAGCAUUCAUGAAUCCAUUGCAGCCUAUCUGGAGCAAGCGAGUACUGAGAACUACAGUAUUUAUAAACAAGCUGCGGAAGCUGCGUAUUCGAUCGAAUGCACUUGUAGCUUUAUGAUCGAAGCUCAUAAGAAGGGGGACAAGAAUCUUUCUGAAUUAGUAGAAUUGGCAGAUAAGGCCUUGAGUAGUCUACCCUACCAUCAACACUUUCCCUUGCUUCAGGAAUGCAUUCAUAUAUGCUCAAAUAUUUGGAUGUCUGCCGAGGCUAACUCAUUGCUCCAGGCUGAGGGUCAGAAGGUGCUUCUCCGACUAUUGUCGCAUCCUUCGCUGGAUAUAAAAACUGAAGCCUAUCACUGCUGUUUGGAAGUGGUUAAGGACUGUUUAGGUAUUCAUAAUAUUGCUACGCCUGGGUCUUCAACCUGCCACGGAGUACACUUUCUUCUUCAUCCAAAAGUUUUAUAUGAAAUCUGUACAUUUGGCCUUCAGGAAGAUAAGAAUGAGGUGAACUCCACAGCCAAGGCUAUUCUGAUGCAUCUAUUGCAGGGACGAUUAGUAAUGGAAGUAUUGACUUGGAACAAAUUUAUUGAGGCUCUCUAUCCCGUCAUUCCUGUUUUACAGGGUUAUGCUGACACAAAAGAUACUCUAGGUAACUGUAUCCUCAUUUUGAGUGAAACAACCUCUGACAAAGGAGGAGAGGGUAUUCUCCCUAGAACUACUAGACUACGGGCAGCUCUGCGUCUUCUCUUCUCAAAAAAGCAGUUGGUUCGUUCUAUAGCACUUAAACAUCUAACAUUCCAUCUUUUAAAUGAAGAAGGGGCAAACCUGAAACGCCCGAAUCUGCAUGGUAGUGUACUUUCCAGCAUUUCAAAUUUAUUUAUUAUAGAAAGAACUAUUGAGCUAAAAUUGGAUGAUAAAACAGAGUCGGUAUUGAAGGCAGAAACUGUUGAAAAGCUGUAUGACAUCCUGACUUCAGAUGCUGUUGACCUAGUUUUACGAAAGUCUGCAGCUGAGCAGCUAGCUAUCAUUUUAGAAGAUACCAAAAUGCAUGGCAUUGUGAAAAAAUUGGGUGUAAUAGAAAAGAUUUUGGGCUACCUUAAGGAAUGUGUACAUGUGGAUGGCAAGCUUAUGGAAUCCAUCAUGUUACCAUGUCUAACACUGUUACGCAAACUGGUAUAUGCUGAUCCAGUUGUUCGUCUGUCCCUAGCACAGCAAUCAACUUUACUGCUUUUGUUAUUCAGAGUUUCCCUGAUAUUCCAGACUGAUCGUGCUGUUUUAACUGAAACUGCAGUAUUGCUCUGUCUUCUGCUAUUUGAUGAAGUAGCAAGAAAAGAAACAUGGACUGAUGGCAUAACUGUUGAUGAUACUGGCCCACCUGCCUUUAGUUUACCUGUUGCUGUUGUUAGAAGGUAUCAUCUCCCAGUCAGGAUUACUGCUCAUCAUGUAGUUAGUCCUAAUACUGUCGUGGUGCCGCUGUCUUCUGAGUGCUUGACUAUGAAACCUGUGUCAGAUAUGCUUAAGAUGGCUUGGAAUCUGUCGUGGUACCAUGGGAUCGAAAACCUAUUGCAACUGAUAAAUUAUGAGAAGGAAGCAGAAACAUUUUUAGACUCGCUCAAACUAUCCUCAGAAGACAUUCUUAUACUAAAAAUAACUCACACAAACUGUGGACUGCAGGAUUGUCUGAAUUCAAUCAUUCAGGCAGCAUCUCACAGGGAUGUUAGGACUGCUCUCAUUAGGCUUAGUUUUUACAUUCUGAAUGACAGGCUCGCAUUAAAACACAGUUCUGGGUCUUGUGGAACCACUUUGAAGAGCUUUGUUUGGCAAAAAGCAAUAAACAGGUUUCUGCAAGUGCUUCCAGCUUCUGCGGAGGAUGAGAAGCUUUUAGUAGAUGUCUUAAGAUUUUUAAACAAAUUGCUUAGAGAGCAGAGAUCAAGUUUGGGGUCAGACCAUCUGAAGUGGAUCCUGAAAUCAUUGCUUAAAAAUAAGACAAAAUCCCUUUUGGACCUCCUGGUGCGACCAGAAUCUCAAGUGCAGGAUGAAAUAGAUGAAAUACAGACUGCUGUCAGGCAGCAACUGGAUAAAGAACUCAUUCGUCUCUUUAACACAUUGUUAUUUUGUUCUGUGUCAGUGACUGACAGAGAGGGCUUGGAACUUGCUAGCUCUUUCAGAACCGAGCUGGCUCUGAAGCUGCUACAGUGCUUAAAACUAACAGAUGCACCGCAUUUUUAUGGACUUCCUUCACUUGAGAGAACGUUACGAGGAAUGGUUCAUGUUACUGCACAUCCAGAUUGGAGUACCUAUUCUGCUGAGGUUGAACCUGUCACAAUUUGUAAGAAAUAUUUAACAGGUCUUCUUGAG